CCAAAAAGCUCAAAAGGUUUUUGGUUUUUUUUUAGUACUCAAAUGUAGUUGCUGAAACGACACUAGAGCAGAAGGCCUGAGUGGAUGACCUUUAAGAAGAAGGAUCUCAGUCUCAGCAGUCUUCAGCAGUGUUGAAGCUGUUGAAAGGGACCAUGGCAGCGGCUACUAAUGCUACAUGAUCUCGGGUGGACUUACACCUCCAGCCCGAGCUCGCUAAAGGACACGUAGAGACGCGGGCUUUAGCAAAUGAUUUGAGGUGAAAUAUUUUGCUCCAUGGAUCUUGUUACCUUAACUUGGACUUUGCGGGGAUGUCCAAAGGGAUUCCUUUCAUCUUUGAUGGCAAAAGUGAGUCCCCAGUGCAACAGACCCGGUCAAACAUCCUCUGCACUCCCCGUGAGACAUCAGAGGCCAUGGAGUCUUUUAGAAGAGGCCAUCAAUAACUGCCGCUGAUCUCGAUAACACAAUCAAUUACCAGGUAAAAAGCCCAUAAAGAAGUCUGACAGAAAUCAAGAUGGCAGAAGGCCCCGGAUCCAGUCCCAGUCUCAAGAGGCCCAAACUCACCAAGGACCAGAUUUCUCCAGAUGAAACAACGCCGCCAGUUUUCAUCCGCAAACUCCGUAAAGCAGCAGUAGGAACAAGUUGUGAUAUCCGACUGAGGGUGUCGGUAGCAGGAUCUCCCAAACCUUUGCUGACGUGGUACCACAACGAUGAGCCACUCCCUCCAUCUGAAGCCCAGGACUCAGGCGGGCUGUGGAUUCGGGACUGCCGCAUGAGCGACGCGGGCUUGUAUACUUGCGUGGCGACCAAUGACCUGGGAGAAGCAAGCUGCAGUGCCGUCUUGGCCAUUAUGGACCUCGGUGAAGACUCUGAGAACACAGAGGAUGAGACCACAGAACCCCAGAUGGAAACCAAAGAAGGGCCCGGGAGGCACCAAGACAAGGCUGGACGGAGAGGACCUUCAGGUGAGGGAGGCGGGAUGAUGGACUAUAACCCAGACCCUUCAGAUCGCAGGGCCACCCUCCCUGGUGCCUAUGACCCUGUGGUGGAGCGAGAGCUCCGCGCCCUGGGCUCCCGCCCUCCGGGGCUCCACUUGGACCCCACAAACCCUGCCAGGACUCAAACUGCUGACGAAUCACAGGGGCUCUCCUCCCGUGUCCCCCUGUCUUCUCCCCAGCCACCUCCCAGUACGCACAAAAACAGCAUCAGUACCCCAGACCAAGACCAUAAAACCAAACCUUCAGAUCCCCAAUCCUCUAAGACAGAGCAGGCGUCAAGUGUCAACAGUGUUAUCAUGACGCCCAAACUGGCUCGUGCUGGGCCCAAGAUCUUUGACAAGGUCCUUGCUUUUGAGGAACGAAGGGCUAGUGUUGAUCUGCCAGGAGGAGUCGGAUCUGUAUCAGGUUCUAGAUUAGGACGAGCGGCUUCCUGCGACUCGGACGACAGCGGAAAGAAGACAGGAGGCCCCGGCAAACAGGACGACCGAAUCCUGCAGAAGCGAGCGGCGUUCAAGCAACGAGCCUCUUCUUUAGAGGACAAGACGAGCUACUCCCAGAGGGUCCAGAGCUACCAGAGCAAGUUUGCCGAAGAGCUCCAAAGGAUCAAGAAACUUGUGGGGAAACCAAGCUUGAAGAAGGCUUAUUCCACUGAGCAGCUGUCGCAGAAAGAGAGGCUCACCAUGGGGAAGCUAGAGCCCAUUCCUCCCCAAGUGGUUAAAAAGUUGGAGGCAAGGGAGCGAGCCCUGGAGGCCGGAAAGGCCGGGGACGCCAGAUUGCAGAUUUCUCCACAGGCGCGCGACAAAGGCCCGGGGAACCAAAGUAACAACCCUGAACAGAGUAAGAUGACACAGCCAGAUUCACGGGGGAUGCCGGUGGAGGCCUCGUCACACGGACGCACAGAAAAAAUCUCUGUUACCAUGGAGACGGCACCAGUUCACCAGUUACCAGGGCAACCAUUGCCAACAGCCACGAGAAAAAGCCUCAACAGUUUUCUUGUCUUUGGACACAGGGAAAGUCUACAAAACUCUGCGGGAGCUGACAAAGACGCACUGGUUACCACGUCGCAGAAAUCCUCGUCUCCCGUCAGAGAUUUGAGAACGGACUCAAAGAGGGAGACUCGGACGGACAACAAAGCAGACCAUAGAGCACCAAGCCCGAAUGGGAAGAGAGCCUCCCCACUAACUGUGAGGGAACCAGGGUCCCAGUACCCACCCAAGCCCCCCCGGCUCGCCCCAUCACCCACUCCCUCCAUCAGCCCUCUCGUGAAGAGGAGGAAGGCGGAGGCCGGGUGGACGUCUCCAGCCAUGAGAGUGAACAUCCCCACUAUCCUGGUGGAGGACGAACCCAUGGAGACAGAAUGUGUUGCAGACAGGUGCAACGCGAGAAGCAAGACCAGAAGGAAAGAGGGGAAAGUUCGCCAGAAAGGGCGUUCUGUUCAACCCAGGUCUCCAGAGGAAGGGGCCUCGUCUGAUGACUCCGACCUUUCUGCUGACGAGGAGCCAGCUGAGGGCCCGAGGUUUAAGAGGACUCUUGUGGACACCCCGGCAUCCAACGGCUCGGCGGUCACGCUUAAAUGCGUCAUCACCGGGAGUCCGCCUCCCACAGUGACAUGGAGGAAGAAUAAUGUGGAGAUACGGAGCGAUGCGUUCCAUGUGGUUAAGGCUGACGGGGAGAAGCACAGUCUGGCGGUAAAUCAGAUGAGGUCGAACAACGCGGGGUCGUACUGCGUCACAGCUGUCAACGCGGCAGGCAGAGCGUCCUGCAGCGCCACGCUCUAUAUCCAAUCAGAGUCAACCCACAUGCAAUGUGGGAAACAAGUCGGGGCCUUGGAAGUCAGAAGCCCAAAGCAGCCAGACGAGGAGGAUCUGAGCCCUCAGGAGGAGGCAAUGGAGCUCUGGCCCUCAACUGCUCCGAGUAAAAGAGUCCACUUCAAAGAAACUCCCUCAUUUCAGGUGGCGCCAUGUGACCAGGAGGUGACUCAGGGUCAAGAUGUUGUCAUCUCAGCAAAGGUGGCAGGACAGCCCAAACCCAUGGUUUACUGGUUGAAGGACAGAGUCACUGUGAAGACAGCGGGGCGCUUCGCUGUGAGAGAGACCGGCGACGACACCAGUGAAAUGAGAAUCAGCUCAGCUCAGAGAUCAGACACGGGGCUUUACCUCUGCAAGAUCGUCAACGAGUACGGAUCCAAGCAAGCGGAGUGCAGAGUGGAGGUCAAAGCGUCUGCACCACAAGCGGCACUGAAAAUCACCCGGGAGGUAAAAGGUGUGGCGGUGAAGGCCGGAGAGUCGGCCAUGUUCGAGUGUCACAUGACAGGACCUCCAGACAUCGAUGUGGACUGGCUCUCAAAUGGGAAGCUGAUCCAGCCGGCGCUGCUCAACUGCAAAAUGCACUUUGAUGGCAAGAGAUGCCGUCUGCUGCUUAAUUCAGUUCACGAGGAUGACAGUGGAACAUACACUUGCAAGCUUAGCACUGCCAAAGAGGAGUUGACCUCGAACGCAAACCUGAGCGUCGCCCCGUCCAAGGAGCCUCUGUACACCCGUAAGCUGGACAUCCUGGAGGUAAUCGAAGGUCGCACUGCCCGCUUUGACUGUAAGGUGAGCGGAUCCCCUCCUCCUCGAGUCACGUGGAUGCAUUUUGAGACAAGAGUGGAGGAGAGUGAUGAUGUUCGCCUCCUUCAAGAGGGGGGUCGUCACUCACUUGUCAUCGCCCACGUUAGCAGCGACACCGAAGGCUUCUACACAGCAGUCGCUCAAAACAUUCAUGGAAAGUCUGAAUGCACCGCUGAGCUCUACAUGCAAGAACCUCGAGCUGCCAUCUCUUCUCACAUGGCCAAGUUGGAGAAGAUGCCAUCGAUCCCCGAGGAGCCUGAGGUUCUGGAGAGUGAGGUGGAGAAGAGGACCAUGCCGGACUUUGUCAAGCCUCUGGCUGAUGUGGAGGUGAUUGACGGCAAAGAGGUGCUGCUGAAAUGCAAAGUGGCGGGCCUGCCCUACCCAACCAUCGCCUGGUACCACAACGGCAAGCGCAUCGAGAGCAGCGAAGAGCGCAAGAUGACCCAGCACAGGGAUGUCCACAGUAUGGUCAUUCGGAGCGCUUGUCACGCUCACGGGGGCGUCUACAAGGCCGUCAUCUCCAAUAAACUGGGCAAAGCAACCUGCUAUGCACAUCUAUACGUCACAGAUAUCGUUCCUGACCCCCCUGAUGGUCCUCCAGUGAUAGAGGCCAUCACAGGGAAAACUAUAAGCCUCAGCUGGAAGCGACCAAAGAGACUUGACUCUUCAUUUGAUGCCGGCUCCUUGCUAUAUGUGGUCCAGCAGCAGCCUCUGGGCUCGAUCCAGUGGUCUGUCGUGGCGUCCAACCUGAGGGAGACCAACUACACCGCCACCUCCCUGUCCAAAGGAGUCCGCUACGCUUUCAGAAUUCUGACGUCCACCGGGAAGACACUGAGCAAACCAUCACCCUCCACUGACCUGGUCCAGCUGCUGGACAGAGGACCCUAUUCAAGGAAAGCACCAGUCAUUUUGGACAAACCUGACAUGGUGUAUGUCGUUGAGAACCAACCUGCGAGCAUCACCAUCACGCUGAACCACGUGCACGCAGUUGUCACCUGGAAAAGGAGGGGGGUGGUGUUGGUCAACCGACUGGGGAUGUAUGAGAUGAGCAUGCCAGAUGACGAUCAACACACCCUGAAGCUCCAAAGAGUCAAGAGCUCAGACAUUGGUCAGCUCGUGGUCACGGCCAGCAACCAGUUUGGCAGCGACCUCUGCACGCCUCAGCUGGCAAUGGCAGUGCCUCCCAAGUUUGAAACCAUCAUGGAGGAUGUGGAUGUGCACAUUGGGGAGACGUCCCGUCUGGCUGUGGUGGUUGAAGGGAAACCAGACCCAGAUAUUCUCUGGUAUAAGGACGAUGCGCUUCUCUCUGAGAGCAGCCACUUCACAUUUGUGUACGACGACCCCGAGUAUUCCCUCGUUGUCCUCAACGCCUGCCCCGAACACUCCGGUGUGUACACCUGCACUGCGAAGAACCUGGCCGACUCCAACUCCUGCAAAGCUGAACUCACAGUUCAUACAGAGCGAAAGGAAGCAGCAGAGCCAAUAGAGGACGAAGGAACCAUUCUGAGGAAGAUGAGGCGUUUGACGGAUUACUAUGAUAUCCACAAGGAGCUGGGGAGGGGCGCCUUCUCCUAUGUGAAGAGGGUGAUUCAGAAAAAGGGAAAGGCCGAGUUCGCCGCCAAGUUCAUUUCUGCGGGAGGAAAGAGGAAAGCAUUGGCCCUCAGAGAGAUGGACCUGCUGUCUGAGCUGGACAACGAGAGGAUUCUCUAUUUCCACGAUGCCUUUGAGAAGAAGAGUGUGGUGGUGCUCAUCACAGAGCUAUGUCACGAGGAGUUGCUGGAAAGAAUGGCCAAAAAAACAACAGUCAAGGAACUGGAGGUCCGCUGGAGCGUUCAGCAGCUUUUGGAAGGUCUUCGUUAUCUUCACCAAAAAAGCAUAGCCCACCUUGACGUAAAGCCAGAAAACAUUUUAAUGGCGAGUCCUGGGAGCGACCUGAUCCGCAUUUGUGACUUUGGUAAUGCCGCGAAAUUGGAGACAUCUGAGGAGCACUACUGCAAAUACGGCACGCCGGAAUAUGUUGCACCAGAGAUUGUUAACCAAACUCCCGUCUCCACAGCAACAGACAUAUGGCCCGCUGGUGUCGUCACGUACCUCUGCCUGACUGGCGUGUCUCCUUUUGCUGGUGAGAAUGACCGAGCGACGGCCUUAAACAUCCGUAACUACAAUGUGGCGUUUGAGGAGAGCAUGUUCGCCGACCUCUGCAAAGAAGCGAAGGGAUUUGUCAUCAAGCUUUUGGUGGCGGACCGACUGAGGCCCAGUGCCAUCGAGUGCCUUCGUCAUCCUUGGUUCAAGUCGCCAACGAACAAGAGCAUCAGCACAGCUAUGCUGAAGCAGGUUUUGUCUAGAAGGCGAUGGCAGCGUUCCCUUAUCAACUACAAAUCCAAGAUGGUGAUGCGGUCGAUCCCAGAGCUUUUGAAUGAGUCAUCUAAACACGUCUCCAUUGCUGUGGCCCGGCAUUUGAAAGAAGGCUCCUCACCACCCUCCUCUUCCUCUGACUCCGAUGCAGAUGUAGAUGAGCUUCCCUUCAUUCCUAUGCCGCUGUCCAUGGCCUUUUCUGGUUCCAGGGUUUCCCUUAACGAGAUCCCGGGGGACGAAGACGUCACUGUAUGGCCUGGUGUUGCUGCUGAUGGGACAAGGAAAAAAGACAACAUGGAGACGGCAGUUACGAGAGGAGGGGCUAAUAAAGGCGUGAAGGAUGAAGAGGAAACCCAAGUUGAGGAGAAAAUGGAAAAGGCAAAACAAGCCCCCCUUAAAAAAGAAACAAGUGUGGAGGCGGAUGAAACUCCGACAAAAACCAGGAGGGCUACGAUGAGGAGAGGCAGCUCUGCUGAUUCAGCACUGCUUCUCCACAUUGACCCAGAAGAGGGAAACGCAAACAAAGAUUCAGAAGAAAGUAACAAGAGCCUGAAAAAGGCUGUUUCUAUGGAACUACCCAAUCGCAGCCCGAGCCCCGGGGCGGCGAAGUUAAGCCAGGAGGAUUAUGCCCUCAAACUGGAACUGAUGAGACAGCGGCUGCUCAGGGGAGGAAACGCGGACAAAAAGAUGAGCGGCCUGCGAGGGCCAUUGUUUGAAACACUCGGCAUGGAAGACGAGAGGCGGACUGGGUCUCUUGAUCGGAACUUGAGGAGAUCUAGAGCGGGGCCAUCAACACUCGCCAGAGCAGCGUCUUCAGAGAACCCCGGAGAGGACGCGCCAAAGACCAAAGUUUUUCGUAAAAGCGCCUCCUUCACUCAGGGGGAUUCUGAGCCCAUGCCCCUGCACCGCAGGUUUGGAGCCCCCUUAGAGAUCCCAUCGGUGGGCAAUGGUAGCAUAGAAGGAAAAAAGCUCCAGGAGGCGACCUCAAUGUCGGCAAUCACAGAACAAACUCUGGAGUCCACGUCUGCCUCGCCUACAAAGAAGACUUCCUUUCUACUCCCAACACCAGGAAGGUUGGACCAACAGCAAAAACGGAACAAUGUGAAAGAACGUGAUGAUAUGCAAAGUAUGAACGAGAAUAACAUGGAUGGUAUAGCAGAGAAAAGGACCAAUACCCAGUUAGAAAAGCCAGAUAAAGUAGAAUCUGACUCUAGAUCACCCUCUGUUAUUACUCCUAUAAUUGUAAUAGAGGAUGAUGAUGAUGAAGAUGAAGAGAAGAAAGAAAAUCAAGAGUUACGUAUUAAUGAAAAGGAUAUGAAGGGAGAUAAAACGCAAAACAGCAAACCCUCCUCUGCAUAUGCAAGUGUCAUCCAUGCUGUUUCGACCACAACAAAUGACACAAAGUCCACAGAAAUCCCCACUUUGCCUGAACAUCCAGCAGUAUUUGCCAAAGUAGCGGCUGCUGAUCGAUCUCCUGGUUCUGUUUCCACCUCGUCAAACCCCGAUCCUGCUGGCAUCCCCCGCCAGCCCGUGCUUAGAACAGACAUCCAAGACAUCGACUCGGAGGAGGUUUUCGAAGCCAGGUUUAAGAAGCGGGAGUCGUCUUUGACUCGUGGCCUCCGGAAGCUGACCAGAAACAAGUCGGAGGAGAAAUCCCCCGUGCUAAACCGGAAGGGGGGCGAGGAGGGUGAGGAGGUUUACAGGCCGGGGCCAAGGGGGGCGCCUCUUGAAAUAGUUUCUAAAAGACUAAAGGAGAAAUCCAAAUCUGUUCAAGAUUUAAGAGAAGAAGAGAAAGAAACAGGCCUCAGCCUGAUUGGGAGGUUUUCCUUGCGGGCCAAGAGGUCCACAUCCGUUGAUAAGAAGGGUGAGAAACCAAAGGAGGAAAAGCAUCAGGAUGUGCAGGAAACUGCUGUAAACAAGAGGGUUUCAUGGGCUAUCGGUCGCAGUAAGUCCCUGGAUACAAAGGAGCUGAGCAGUGCAGGAGCACAGAGGCAGCUGGAUGAGAGAGAACAAAGAAAAGCUGAGGAGUCAUCGGUUUCGGCUAUGAGGCGCAAGUUUGAGUCCAAAGUGGCAGGAAUCUCUGCCAAAAUAAAGACCCAGUCCGAGGAGAGGAAGGACCGAGACGCCGGGGGAAGUCAGAAAGAGCUGGCGCAAAAGGAUUUGAAGAAAGUCACCGAUUCCCCUGUCCUGGCAAUGCGACACAAGUUCGAGAACAAAGUGGCAGGAAUUACCUCGAAGAUCCGCAGUCAGUCUGAGGAGAGAAAAGAGGGUGAAGAGGGGAAGAGGACGCCUCUGUUUACCCGCCAUCGUCAUUCCCAAUCUGAGGGCCGAGGUCUCAAAGGAAUGGGCAUCCCUGAGAAUCAGCUCGCGAAACAGACCGGCGCUGCUGCAUCCAAGGAAUCGAUUGAAUCCGCAUCCAGCAUCCAUUCCGAAAAAGCCUCAGAGACUGACAGGCGAUCCCGGUGGGACAGGUGGGGUUUGACGAGGGGCAAGAAAGACAAAACCCCCUCUCAGUCUGAUCUGCCCUCCUCCGUCCCCAAAGAGGAGGGCUUGUCAAAAAGCCAGCAGUUCAUCCGCUCUGCCUCGGAUUUUGCCCCCGUGUUCCACAUCAAACUGAAAGACCACAUCUUACUGGAGGGGGAGUCGGUCACUCUCAGCUGCCUUCCAGCUGGAAGUCCACAUCCAGAGAUCACAUGGGCGAUGGAUCGGAAGCCACUGGAGGUGGAUGACAGGAUCAACCUGAUGUCUCAUCCAGAUGGCAGGCAGCUUGUUAUGAUCAUGAAAUCCAGCCGGAGGGACGCUGGAGUUUAUGAAUGCGUAGCUACUAACCCCAUAGCGACCAUCACCACCUCCUGCACACUGACCAUAGCUUGUGUCCCAAAGCAGCCGGGGACCCCUGAAGUCCCCCAGACGUACAACAACACAGCCCUGGUGCUCUGGAAGCCAGCGGACACCAAGUCUCCGUGCAGCUACAGCCUGGAAAGAAAAACAGAAGGUGAUUCUAACUGGCUGACUGUAGCCACUGGAGUUGUGGACUGCUACUACAAUGUCACAGACCUGCCACCAAGUGGCACUUUUAGGUUCAGAGUGGCCUGUAUCAACAAGGCAGGACAGGGACCGUACAGCAACUGUUCUGCUCCAGUCAGCUUGGACUCAACAGCUGGAGGAGCUUCACCUGCCAUGGCCGUCGUAAAGACAGUCCCAGCACCACCUGAACCAGUUGCCCCCUCCUUAGUGACGGUGCCUCCGUUAAGGCCAGUCCAGAACAACGCUCCCAGGACAGCCGUCUCCACCGUCACCUCCACCUCUUCAAAAUAUGCAGCCACCCCUGCUGCUUCACCUCUUCCACCCUCUCUGCCCUCCGGCCCCGCCACAAACCCCCAACUGCCAUCUGCAGGUGCAACCACCAAAGACACUCCAAAAAUAAGCUCCUCUCAUCCCUCUUCAGCCGCAGUCAAAGCACCUCCACCCUUUGUCCUCCCCAAACCCCAGAGUCCAGUAAACGUGGUGUCUCCCAUGACCCAGAACCCUCCAAUAUCCCCGCCAUCGGCGCCAAUCAAACCAGCAGUGGCCUCUGUGCCCACAUACGUCCCCACCACCACCGUCACCGCUCGUGUGACCCCGACUCCUGUCGCCUUUUCCCCACAAGUCCUCCAGUCCUCCAGCCUGAGCCCUAUUGGUGACGGGGUCAGUACCCCCACCAGAGGCACCCCAUCAGGACGCGCUACGCCCUCCACUGCUCUACGACAGGGGGUUCCACAGAAACCCUACACCUUCCUGGAUGAGAAAGCCAGGGGUCGUUUCGGAGUCGUCAGAGAGUGCCGCGAGAACACGACGGGCAAAAUCUACAUGGCGAAGAUAAUUUGCUACAACCAAGAGAACAAGCAGGAGGUCCUGAAGGAGUACGAGAUCCUGAAAUCCCUUCACAAUGAAAAGGUCAUGGCUCUGCACGAAGCCUACGUCACGCCGCACUACUUGGUGCUGGUGGCCGAGUACUGCACCGGCAAAGAGCUGCUGUACAGCCUCAUAGACAGGUUCCGUUACUCCGAGGACGACGUGGUGGGUUACCUGGUCCAGAUCCUCCAGGGGGUCGAGUACCUCCACAACCGCCGCGUCCUCCACCUGGACCUGAAGCCCGACAACAUCAUGGUGACCAACCUCAACGCCGUCAAGAUCGUGGACUUUGGAAGCGCCCAGAGCUUCAACCCCCUCAGCCUCAAACUCUGGGACUCCGGAGCAGGAACACUGGAGUACAUGGCUCCUGAGAUGGUAAAAGGUGAAGUGGUUGGUCCUCCUUCGGAUAUUUGGACUGUUGGCGUUGUCACCUACAUCAUGCUCAGUGGUCGACUGCCCUUUGAAGAUAAAGACCCUCUGCAAGUCGAAUCCAAAAUCCUGAUGGCGAAGUUUGACCCGACGAAACUUCACCCAAACGUGUCCCAAAGUGCCUCCGCCUUUCUCAAGAAGAUGUUGAGCAGUUACCCAUGGGCCCGUCCGACUACACGGGACUGCUUCACACAAGCCUGGCUGCAGGACUCCUACCUUAUGAAGCUGAGGAGACAGACACUCACCUUCACCUCCGGUCGACUCAAGGAGUUCCUGGUGGAACAACAAUGCCGUCGCUCAGAGGCCACCACCAAGCACAAGGUGCUGCUGCGCACCUACCAGAGCUCGCCAGCGACCAUUCCCAGCCCCAAGUGAGACGACGGUGAAAACGCAGCACCACAACGCUUUGCAGGGUCAGAUUCUGCCAAAUCAAACCUCUGUGAAUCACCGCUGCAUGAAAAACGUCCGCCUGACCAGUGGGGCACAGGUCAAGGCUCAGGGGACGGGCAGACAGCUGGAUAGAGCGUGAGUAUCCACAGGACAGACGGGAGUCCACGUGUUAUUUUGGGAGACUUCAACGUUCAACACUAAAGGGAUUCUGAGAUGAAACUAAAGAGAUGACCGCCAUGACAUGUUUGUUGAAUUGAAGAACUGCUCAGAAACAGUUCAUUCUUUGUGAGGACACAGGAUGUUCUUUUGAUUUUCUUUGAUUGCACAAUUUCUCGGUCACCUUGUGAAUUCUGACGGUGCACAUUUGCUAUUUGGUUUAGAUAAACAUUGGUCUCCACUCUGCACGAUCAGCCUGGAACAUGAGUAUCAUUAGCUUUUUUUCUGCCUUGUUUGUCACUAAAUGUAUUAGUAAACAACUCAUGUGAAUGUACCAUGAUUUAAGCUGCUAAUUUAUUUUUGCAUUUAAUUACACAUUUUAAAACUCAAAACCAAAAAUAUUAUUUUAUUCUUGAAAUUGUUUACUUUUUACAUGUUAAUUUAUUUGCAUGUGUGAGUGUGUGUCUGUGUGUGUGUGUGCGUGCGAGAGCAUUUUUGAAUCACUUUUUGAAUUCUGAUCGAUGCAACAAAAAAAGGAUAAAAAUAAGGAGUGUCUUUGUGAUUGGUUUUAGGGUGAGCUAGGAAUUUUUGGUACAACUUCUUGGUCUGUGGUUGAAACUGAACUCUGUAAUAAACUAUGAAAAGCAGUCUGUAAUGUAGAUUUUACAUUUUACGUGGACAAGUCAUCCACUGGUAAACUGCUGUGGUUUCUCAGUAUUGCCCAUCGGUUGGUCAGGUUGCUUCAAUCAUGAUCACCCAGUCAGUGCCUAAAUCGGAUUGAUAUCCAAAAUACUUCUCUUGUAAAUGUGUCUCCAGUGGUAAUAAUUCACAAUUGAUAUGACAAAUGUUUGACUCUGAACAAAGCAAACGUUUGACUGCAAUAUUUGGACUUUAGAUUCUUACAUACAUGCAUACAUACAGUACACGCAGUCCUUGUAAUAAUAGAACGUCUUGUGUAUUGCUCUACCACAGUGUUCCUUUUUGUAUGAAUUUGGACGUUUGAAGAUUUAUAAAUGUACCAAUUUGCGGUGUUUCUAUGUGGGGGGGAAGUUGAAGAUGUUUUUAUGAGAAGGUAUGUAAUAAACUAUUGAUACAAUUGGG